AACACUUGGUCUGGCCCUUUCUGGUGAGGAUCUCCUUCCCUACCCAGGCACCGUACUGGUCCAAUCCCCCUUUAAUUUCCCAUGACUCCCCGCGUACUCAAGCCCCGCCCUCAGGCCCUCAGCCCCGCCCCGAAGUUUGAGGGGUGUGGAUGGUUUGUGACCCCCUCUUCCGACUCUACCCCUUACGGGCUGGGAGAACUGAGCUUGCUGGCCAGGAACCGGGCAGCCUUUCGGCUCAGGUGGGCACACGGACUUCUCUCCGGCGCCGCGGGAAUAGGACCGCUCAACGCGGAGCCUGCGCCUCAGAAAACGCAGGGUCGGGACCCCUCCUCACCGCGCCGUCAGUGUCGCUCGCAGGCUGAGGAGCGAGCAGAGGCCUCUGAGGCCGGAGACCUGGGGUCCUGCCUGGCCCCUGCCCCCGAAAGUUCCCUGUGUCUGUGCCAGUCGUUUUCGCUUCUCUUCGCCGCAGUUUCCUUUUCUGUAAAUCAGGCUUGGUGACAUUAACCUUCUUACUACCAUCAGGGGCUAGUCUGGGGAGCGAGAAGUAACUGCUACCAUUUAUUUAUUGAACGGUUGCCAUGUGCCAGACCCUGUGCUAGGUAUCUUGCUUCGAUGAUUUCCCGUCACCGUCAAAACAACCUUAUGAGGGCCCAUGUUCUAAAUAAGGAUGUGGAAGCUAUUCAGAUGUUGACAUGUCACGCACAUAUUCUUUGAGCAGUUUCUAUGGCAUCAUGCUAGGCACUGGGGUACAGAGAAAAAUACUUGUCAUCCAGAAGUCUAGUAGGGAGAGAUGGACAAGUAGAUGAGUGUAAUGAAAUGUUAUAGGUAUCGUGAGAAUAGUUUAUUAAUGAUAAUCAUCCGAUCGGAUUUGCCCGGGACAGCUGUGAAAACAGCACACUCUCCAAGGGAAAGAGUAGGUCCUCUAAGGAGCAAAAGAAAGGUUUUCCUGCCUUUCUAAGGAACUACCAAGGGAGAAACUACACGGUACGAAAAGAGAGAGACAGGUAUGGAUUGUGAGAGCUAUUUUGGAAUCUCUUCCAAGGCAUUUCCACCUAGGUAGUGGUUUUGCAGUCGUGAGCCUACGAUGACCCAGAAGGGUGGUGUUUCUGGUGUCCGUCCUCCUUCGCUCCCUAGGGCUCGCCGGAAGUGUUUGAGAGGCGGGAGACACAGUGCCUGCUGCAUAAUGUCUGCUGAUGGGCCCUACACAGUUGUCCCUUUGGGGUGGUCUGUGACUCUGCUUCUGGUGAAAAAAUGUUUUUUUGGUUCUUGACACCUGCACCUGAAUAGGUGACCACGAACGAGUGUCGACCCAGUCAGCAGCCAGGCCAUGGAGCUCUCUGAUGUCACCCUCAUUGAGGGUGUGGGUAAUGAGGUGACUGUGGUGGCAGGUGUGGUGGUGCUGAUUCUAGCCUUGGUCCUAGCUUGGCUCUCUACCUACGUAGCAGACAGCGGUAGCAACCAGCUCCUGGGCACCAUUGUGUCAGCUGGCGACACAUCCGUCCUCCACCUGGGACACGUGGACCAUCUAGUAGCGGGCCAAGGCACCCCAGAGCCCACUGAACUUCCCCAUCCAUCAGAGGGUAAUGACGAGAAGGCUGAAGAGGCUGGCGAAGGUGGGGGAGACCCCACAGGGGAGCCCGGAGCCGGGGGUGGCGUUGAGCCGAGCCUUGAGCAUCUGCUUGACAUCCAAGGCCUGACCAAAAGACAAGCGGGCCCAGAAAGCAGCAGUCCAGAGGCCCCCCUGAGACCUGAGGAUGGCAGCUGCCUCCCCCCCAGCCCUGGCCUCAUCAAUGUGCGGCUCAAAUUCCUCAAUGACACCGAGGAGCUGGCUGUGGCCAGGCCGGAGGAUACUGUGGGUGCCCUGAAGAGUAAAUACUUCCCUGGACAAGAGAGCCAGAUGAAACUGAUCUACCAGGGCCGUCUGCUGCAGGACCCAGCCCGCACACUGCGUUCUCUGAACAUUACUGACAACUGUGUGAUUCACUGCCACCGCUCCCCCCCAGGGUCAGCUGUUCCAGGCCCCUCAGCAUCCUUGGCCCCCUCUUCGGCCACUGAACCCCCCAGCCUUGGCGUCAGUGUGGGCAGCCUCAUGGUGCCCGUGUUUGUGGUGCUGUUGGGUGUGGUCUGGUACUUCCGUAUCAAUUACCGCCAGUUCUUCACAGCACCUGCCACCGUCUCCCUGGUGGGGGUCACCGUCUUUUUCAGCUUCCUAGUAUUUGGGAUGUACGGACGAUAAGGAUAUAGGGAGAAAAUGAAAGGCAUGGUCUUCCUUCUUUAUGGCCUCCCCCUUUCCUGGCCAGAGCUGGGCCCAAGGGCUUGGGAGGGAGGGGUGGAAAGGAUGUGGUGGGUCCUCCUCCUUAGGACAUAGGAGGCAGGUACAGGGCCUCCCCUUCACGUCCACGAGGGUACAGACGUCCCCUCUGUGCAAGCACAACUCAGGUAGAAAACGAGGGCGUCAUCUUCUUUCACUUUUAGGGUCCAGAAAUUCAGAGCUGAGCUGGCGGUCUAGCUCAGUGGGCAGCCGGGGCUCGGAGGAUUCCCUCCCAGCUGUGGCCCUAGCUCUUUCCAUUGUCUUGCAUGUCUGCUCCUCAGUACCCAGGGCUGCCUGCCAGGGCAGCUCAGCAUGGCCCCAGCAUACUUCUGUAGGGAGCCUGGAGUAUUUUUCUGUUUCUUAAGGGAAUAUCCAUCUUUUGAGACUAAAGUCACACAGCAGGAAUGAAGGUUGUGUCCGCUUCCCCUGUAGGCACCUAGCCGCCUCUACCUUCUCCCUCCACCCCUGUAGCAGGAAUAGGGUGUUCUCUGUGUUCUGGAUAGUUUCCAGUGUUCUCCCCUUUUUCAAAGCACUUUGCUUGUAUUUUUUUUUUUUUUUAAUAGUCCUUUAUAGAGCUCAGUCAGGAAGGGGAGUGCGGCACAAAGCCAAGCCCCCAGCAUUGGGAGAGGCCAAGCCACAGCUGCUGCUACCCUAGGCCUAAGGCUGUAAGCAAGAGACAGCUCUGGCCCUCAGCCAGUGUCCUACCCUGCCCAGCUCCAAGGACGAGCUCUGGGUAUGGAGCCCUGGGCCCCAGGCCCUUGCCUCUGGGGCUCAUGGAUGGAGGGUCAGUGUCUGUGACUAAAUAAAGUUCCGUUUUGUGGCUGUGGAACCUCCUUCUGUGA